AUGAGGGAAGAAGUCUCAGCAGAGAGAUUGAGGAUGACCGAUCAAGGUUACAUCAAUCUCCAUCUCAAUACUCCAGGCUACCGCACUUAUCGCCCCGCAUGGAAGAUGAUCGCAUGGCACGUGACGGCAGGAUCAGGCUCCGGCGAAGAAUCCAGAACGCUGAACGAUAGGAAGCGGAGGGUGUUGGAUAGCCUGACGGACGCCCAGAAAGACGCAAAUACAACCCGUGGGAGCACGCCUGGCCUCAUUGACCCAGCUCUGGGUGAGGUUUCCGGAAACAGGGUUGCUCUGCCGGACUUGGUAUUGAGGAAGCGAGGUCGAAGACGUGCUAACGUAAACGUAAGCAACACCCCGGCUACACAGCUGGCACAGCCCCACAAGCUCCCACAAGCCUCACAUCUGUAUCAGAACCAGCAAUUUCCACAAUCUUCACGAGCUAGCAGCGCCAAUAUCGCUACAGCGCAGUUCCCUGUGGCCUCGGCGCGUAUGGGUUCUUCAUCUCAGGACUUUGCCAGUAAUGCAGCUGUACCGGGACAGAAUGAUCUUCGAGGAUACGCAAAUGCACAAGCCCGCGACGCAGCCGCUAUGCCACCACCACCCCUUCCUCAUAAACCUCGGAACGGAAGGUUCUCUCAUCCUCAAAAGUUUGGUCCACAUCCAGAUCCACCAUACUCCACCAACCGGCAACCAGAGUUUGAUGAUACCCAAGCCAGUUUUAUGGAAGUGGAGGACUUUAGGGCGACGGCGACGUACGAUCAUGUGCCCCGACCCGAACAUCAGUUCAUGAGUGACGAGGAGAUCGCCACAAUGUCUGCCAAAUCUGACGAAGCUAUGGCGGAGAUCCUCUGGAUGUGCGAGCCUUUUCUUGGCCCGGUUUCCAAACUUCAGGGCCCGCCACCCAUUGACGUGAGUGCAGAGCCACCGGUGCUGAUUGAAGAGUUGGAAAUGAGCUUCAUGUUGCCAAUUCAGGCAGGCGGAAGAGUGCGAGGAAACUGGAAUGAGGACGCGAUGCCACAUCCGGCGCAGAGCAUGCACGCCCGGGAUAUGGCACAACGAACAACGCCCAGGCUUUCAGAGAAGCAAGGCAUAAAGCGGAAAGAGUGCGAUGGUGGAAACGAAAACCUUCGACACCUACAACUCGAUGUUGAGAGGCAAGAGCGCCGCCCCAUAAAGCGGGUGAAAUCGGUGCACAAUGCCAACCUCCAGUAUAUAAAUACAGCGUCCUACCAUGAUGCUGCACAUGAUGCGCAGCAACAGAACUUUGAUCCUCAUCCUCAGCUUGGAGACUAUCAGUCCGGAUACCUUCAGAGGCAAACCUUCAGCGGCCCUGCUUUGCAAGAUGCCCGAGCUCCUCGGUAUGGCUCGUUUGAAGAUGUCGAUCCAUACACUUGCGGCGCUCCAUCUGAGGGCCAGUACGGUAGGACGAUUGGGCAACAACCUACCCAAGUCGUCAAACCAUACCAACCCCAGUACUACCCUGUAACGUCGUUUAGGCCGAACGUGCCUGAUCACCAGCCACGUCACCAACGAUCUGUGGCUUCGCCCUACAUACCCGUCUUCACGGCAAAAGAUCAGAAUCCUGGUCAUCAAACCUCAACUCUACAGCCUAGAGGCUCUGUAGGGUUAUUAGCUCAUGGUGAUAUCCAAGCUGGCCAGGCAUUGGGACAUCCAUCUUCCAUGUUUUCCCAUCCAUUUCCAACGCCCAGAAUGUCAGCCACGAGUCUGCAACGGUGCGGCCUGGAUCAAGAGCCGAUCGUGAGCAUCAUAGGGCACCCUUGGAACAUGUCAGCAACGGUCAUCGACUCCAUCCUCAUGCGAGCUCUAGGAACGGUCAUGCCUAGAGCACGGAUGUCCAACACAUGCGACAUUUCGUGGGCGAAGAUCAGCUUCUACCAGCAUGUAUUCCAGGAGCCCAAGUUGAAGAUGUAA